AUGUCGCUGCCACAGCCACUGCACCUUUCGGCUGCCCUUGCUUUAGUCAACUCGAAACCGAAACACCUAACCAUACAAGAGCACCUAAAAAGUCUCCGCGACUGCAUUGAAACCAGUCAUCGCGACGGUCAGACGAUCCGACAUCUCGAUACUUCUACGUUCUGGCAAAAGCAGUCCGACCAUCUGAAUUGUGUACUCGAGGAGGAGCAAGAUGCCAGGUUCAUUCUCCAGAAAGAGAACGACGCACUGCAAGCUCAGGUCGCUCAACUCCAAGCUCGCUCAAAGCCUGGUCGAAAACGCAAAUCAGCCGAACAAGAAGAACCCGAGACAGUCAAGAAAAUGAAAGCAGGUACAAUCGCCAUAGCAGAGUUUGGCCCUGCUUCCGAUGUUGAGCCAGGUAUUGUCUUGCCUGCGACAAGUCAUCUUCAGCGCUCAUUCGUUGCAGUCAUCAAGGCCAUGCGCCAUAUCCACCGUGUGCAGACACUUUGUAGAGGUCGCAUGUGGAGUACUGAUUCGAAUGAGUUGGCUUACAACCUUGUCCAGGCCAUGGAAGCCCUGAGCCUGAUCAUCGAGUCCCUACCAUGCAAGGUACAUGUGGCAGAUACAGCCAGCAAAUCUGUCGUCGCCGUGGCCAGGAGUUGUAUCAGUGUCUUCAAUGGACUCAAACGCCUGAGCUCUCUGGAAAACAACGACACCUAUGCUAGCCAUGUCGUACAUGCAUGUGUCUGCUUCUUCGAUACACUCUUCACCAGCCUCGAAGAGGGUGCUGCUUUACAAGUCAAAUCUAAACGACCUGACCAAGAGACACCUGCUUUGCAAGCUCUAUCACAACUAGCCAAGGGUCUGAUCGACAAUCUGCAAGGCUCGGCCCGAACGUGUACCUCGCACGCACAAGUACUCGAAGGCGCAAUCUAUCAUCUACUCCACAGGCUAGGAGAAGCAGCACAUGAGCUUUUGUUAAAUGGACCUCGAAACGACAACAUCGAGCAUGAAAUUCAAAAUCUGCCACUUGCGGACGACAAAUUACUCGACCCUGUCAGGCAGACAGAAAUGAGAGCUGUACUCACGUCAACACCUCUGUUGCUCGAUAGUCUUCGUAAGGCUGUCACUGGGCUUUGCAACAUGCCUCUUGCUGGUGCAGCACGGCUACGGCUCCAACGCACCCUGGUCGAUCAUAUCUUUGGUCCAGGAACGCGAGGCUCAGAUACGAGUCAUGAUGUGCUCAGCUUGCCAAAGACGUUGGGAGAAGCACCUCAAGCAGUGGAAGUUGUGCAGGUGAAUGAUCUGGAAAAGCGAACGGAUUCUUUCGAGGCUGAUUUGUGGACCCUGAUCGGGUGGGAUAUUCUGGGAAGUGAAGCAGACCUGUAA